AUGGCCGAGGAGUCAAUAACUGCGGCUGCUGGGCCAGAGGCCUCAUCGAGAACUCAACCAUCCAAACCCACAGACCAUGCUCACCCUAAGCCCAAACAUGAGUUCAACGAGCAAACAAACUAUGUGCCCGUCAAAACAAUUAUCACGAUCUUCCUCGCAUGCGCCAGCGUCGACCUGUUGGCCCUGAUUGACCAGACAACCUUGGCGACCAGUUUGUACAUAAUUGGCGACUCACUGGGUGCCACAUCUCAGGUCUCUUGGAUUGCCAGUGGCUAUUUCAUCACUUCGACGGUGGGUCAAUUGUUGUACGGCAGACUGUCAGACAUCUGGUCGCGAAAGGUCAUUCUCCUGUCCGGCUUGGCCGUGUUCUUCAUCGGCUCGCUUGCCAGUUCGCUGGCCCAGAAUGUCUUGCAGUUGACCAUUUUCCGUGCGUUCACGGGUAUAGGCGGCGGCGGUCUCAUGACGGUUGCGCAGUUGAUCGUCAGUGAUGUGGUGCCAUUGCGAGAGCGAGGAAAGUAUCAAGGCAUACUGGGCGCCGUUGUUGCACUGGCCAAUGGUAUCGGUCCAGUCAUUGGAGGCGCAAUCUCGUCUCAAGGACCAGAGUCGUGGCGAUGGAUCUUCAGAAUGAACAUGCCCCUCACACUGGUGACGACAGGUGCCGUGAUCUUCUUUAUGCCCCUGAAAAAGGUCGAGGGAGACUGGAAGAUGAGACUCAAAGCUGUAGACUUUGUCGGCAUCUUUCUGGCCUUGGCAGGCACUGUUGUCCUCAUGCUUGGUCUGACUUGGGGAGGAGGUGAAUACCCUUGGGACUCUGCGUCCGUCAUUGCGACACUUGUCGUGGGGCUGGCCGUAUGUGUUGGGUUCGUCUCGUGGCAGUGGAAGGGUCCGAGAUACCCCCUCGUACCUUUGCACAUUUUCAAGUCCAACAUCGUCAACGGUGCCUGUAUCACAAUGGCCAUCAAUGGAUGGAAUUUCGUCAUGCAGGUCUACUACAUCCCCUCCUUCUACCAGCUCGUGUAUGGAUACUCUCCAACUCGAGCUGGAGCCAUGCUUCUACCCAUCACCUUGGUCCAGACACUGAGCAGCACAUUGUCAGGCCUGGUAGUGCACUGGGUUGGCCGCUACAGAGAGUGUAUCUUGUUCGGCUGGGUAUGCUGGGCUGUGGGCUUGGGGCUCAUGUCGACGCUCGAUGAGGGAACAGGUGUAGGGAAGCAGAUCGGGUAUGGAAUCCUGAUUGGUGUCGGCGUGGGCAACACCCUGCAGCCAGCGUUGAUAGCUGUGCAGGCUGGAGUUGAGCGCAGGGACAUGGCGGUUGUAACGUCGUUCCGCAACUUUGUGCGAAACCUGGGCUCGACUCUCGGUUUGGCCAUCUGCGGCACGAUCAUCAACAAUGUGCUCGCUUCGUCGCUCUCUGUGCUCGACAUUUCGCGCGACGAGGUCGAGACUCUCCUCAGCAAUCCCCAGUCUCAUCUACAAGACUUGCCCGACAACGAGGCUGGGCGGGUCAGAGACAUAAUCACGCCAGCCUACCGACGUGGCUUUCGCAUCAUCUUCAUUGUGGGUGCUGGGCUGUGCGCGCUGGCCUUUGUCGUGGCAUGGUUCAUGAUGCCUCAGGUCGAGCUUUCUCGGCCAGAUGACGACAAGUUGAAGGAGGAGGGCAGGCGGGAUCAGAAAGUGGAAAAGAAGAGUCAGACCUGAUGCGGUCCUGACUGCGUGUUGACAGAUGGUGAACAAGUGGCCAGUUCAUAUCGUGUUGUCCAAGAUAAGGUUGGGCAGAUAAAUCGGGGUCCAGUAUGGAUAAAUGCGAUUGCCCGCUAAACUCCUUUUGGGGCCUGGCGGCCCUGGCUUGCCCCUUUAUAAAAGCUACCCCGCAAAGCACGGGCCCUUGUCCAUAGCUC